AAAUGAGACCGAAACACUGGAAAACUCGUAAUCAAAAUUUCCCAAUUUCUCCUCCAACCUGAAAAACCAAAAGCUUUUACCCAAAUCUCUAUAGGGUUUCGGAUUUGGAUCCUUAAUUCCACACACCUGACUCCUCUUCUACCCAAUUCGUCUUCCUCGAUUCUACAGCCAAUAUGCCGCAGAGACACUCGAAGAACAACAACGAUCUUGCGUAUUUCACUUACGACGAGAAGAAGAAGCUAGGGUAUGGAACCCAGAGGGAGAGAUUGGGGAAAGACUCGAUCAAGCCUUUCGAUGCUUGUUCCCUUUGCUUGAAGCCUUUCAUCGAUCCGAUGUGUUGCCACAAGGGUCAUGUCUUCUGCAGAGAGUGUAUCCUCGAAUGUUUCCUGGCGCAGAAGAAAGAUAUACAAAGGAGGCUUGCUGCCCAUGCUUCUCAAAAGAAUCAAGAUAAGGACGAAGAAGAAGAGAGGCUAAUGUUACAGAAGGCGAGAGAGCUCGACGAAUUUGAUCAGCAAAACCAUGGUGCAUUGCCUCGAUACAGUGACAAGAGCCAAAGCCAGGACAAGAAUGGUUUUCAUGGCGCAAACAGUGUGAAGACGACUUCCUUUGAAGAAGAAGCGCUUAGGACGAUGAAAGCCUUCUGGCUUCCAUCAGCUACACCAGGAGCUUCAGUGAGAGUAGAAGCUCCAGAAACUCACACGGUUUGUCCAGAGGGGAAAGAGAAGCUCAAGCUUAAGAACCUCUUUGCUAUACGUUUCACGGAAGACAACAGCGAAGAAGAGAAGAAGACAACAUCAUCUUCAAGCUCUUAUGACAAAACCUACAUUUGCCCGAGCUGCAAAGUCACUCUCACCAACACGAUGUCUCUCGUGGCACUUAGCUCAUGCGGGCAUGUUUUCUGCAAGAAGUGCGGUGAAAAGUUUAUGCCUGUCGACAAAGUCUGUCUUGUCUGUGACAAGCCUUGCAAGGACAGAAACUUGGUUGGGUUAAAGAAAGGAGGCACAGGUUUUGCUGAGCACGAUGAUAAUCUCGAGGCUAAGGAGUACAAGCAUUUGGGUAGCGGCUCUGGUUUAGGGCUUGUGAGGCCGGUUAAGACAUGAUGAAAGUUGAAACCACAUCAAAUGUUUGCGUUACAAUUAGAAAGGGACAAUAUAUUUGAUAUAUCGCCUGUAUCUUUUGCUUACAACUAAGAGACUUUGUUUUCUCUGUAUGGCUCUUGCUUUUGUCCUUUUCAUCGGAACCUGUUUGUGUUUAUUCCGUACGCAGAUCUCGUUUCUUUUCUUUGCUUGUAAUUAUGCUUCUCUUUUCUUACCGAUUUUGAUCCGUUAACAAAUCCGACUUUUUCGGCUUUCUCUCCGACUUUGUUCGGUUUUGUUCUUGUUUUAUUUAGUUUUUUUUUGUUUUCUUGUUCACACCUCUUCUCUUUCUCUUUCUCUCGGCUUUUCCGGUCAUUCGGACUAGCUUUACUCCGCCUUUGAUUGUCUCUUUUUUCUUACCGUAUCCUUAAUUCUUUCUUUUGGAGAGUUAUAAUUUUUUGCUUCCUUUUGGGUCUCUGUUAGGUUUAAAGCAAAGUCUCUCAUUCAAAAUUAAGAAUUGAGAUAUUUGAUUAACUUGUUGAAUUAGUUCAGUUUGUUUACUGCUUUUUCAAUUUAAGUUUUUCACUGUUCUAAUCUUUUGUGAUAGGUGAAGUUUCACUCAUCUAAGGCGGCGAUUUUAAAAGAGAAGAGUGUUAAGCAUGGUUCACAGAAGAAAGAGCUGAUUUCCGAUGAAUUUUAUUGCCGGCAUGUUUACGGGCUUCAUCAGAAGCUUGACACCGAUGGUGAUCUUCAACAGAAGCAGCUGCAUCAUCGUCUAAAAGACAUGUGUUAUGACACGUGUUUGUCAAAGCUUUUGUAUUUUACUCAGCAUUUUUGUUGGGCUUUGUAAUUUAGAGAUGUUUCUCUGAACCAUGUAAUUCGAUUGCUCAUUUUGGGCUUACGAUGAAUACAGUUUGCCGACAAAAAAAAAGAAGUAUAUUUU